CCAGGGGCCAGGCCCCCCAUCAGCCACUUUGGUGCAGCCCCCACAGCUCCUGGCCUUUGGGCCAAGGUGUCAGGCGUGCGUCUUCUGGCCUAUCAAUACAGAUUACAUAUUUAUAUCAAUCGCGGGCUCUGAGGGCGCCCUCGGAGAGCUGCCCCGAGCCUACGAAACCAAACUGGGAGUGGUCGCGCGGAAUCUCUGGCUCAGGAUUGGCUGCGGGCGUCCGCCGUGGUGCGGGGGGAUUGCUAAUCGUAUUCAGCAUGUUUUGCACAAGAAAUGUCAGCCAGAAAGGGCUAUCUGCUCCCUUCGCCAAAUUAUCCCACAACAAUGUCAUGCUCCGAGAGCCCCGCCGCGAACUCUUUUUUGGUCGACUCGCUCAUCAGCUCGGGCAGAGGCGAGGCGGGCGGUGGUGGCGGUGGCGCUGGGGGCGGCGGAGGAGGUUACUACGCCCACGGCGGGGUCUACCUGCCGCCUGCCACUGACCUGCCCUACGGGCUGCAGAGCUGCGGGCUCUUCCCGGCACUGGGUGGCAAGCGCAAUGAAGCGGCGUCGCCGGGCGGCGGUGGUAGUACCGGGGGCAUGGGUCCGGGAGCUCAUGGCUACGCGCCCGCGCCCAUAGACCUGUGGCUAGACGCGCCCCGGUCCUGCCGGAUGGAGCCACCGGAGGGGCCGUCGCCGCAGCAGCAACCCCAGCAGCCGCCGCCGCCCCCGCCGCAACCACCCCAGCCCCCGCCACAGUCCACUUCAUGCUCUUUCGCACAGAACAUCAAAGAAGAGAGCUCCUACUGUCUCUACGACUCGGCAGACAAAUGCCCCAAAGGCACGGCCGCCGCCUCCGAUCUGGCCCCCUAUCCCCGGGGUCCGCCAUCCGACGGCUGCGCCCUGGGCGCCUCCAGCGGAGUACCCGUGCCCGGCUACUUCCGCCUCUCGCAGGCCUACGGCACGGCCAAGGGCUACGGCAGUGGCGGCGGCGGCGGCGGCGGCGCGCAGCAGCUGGGCGCUGGCCCAUUCCCUGCGCAGCCUCCGGGCCGCGGCUUCGAUCCUCCGCCCGCACUCGCCUCGGGUUCGGCCGAAGCGGCCCGGAAGGAGCGAGCCCUCGAUUCUCCGCCGCCCCCCACGCUGGUGUGCGGCGGCGGCGGCGGCAGCUCGCAGGGCGACGAGGAGGCGCACGCGUCCUCGUCGGCGGCGGAGGACCUCUCCCCGGCCCCUUCCGAGAGCAGCAAAGCCUCGCCGGAGAAGGACUCCCUGGGCAAUUCCAAAGGCGAAAAUGCAGCCAACUGGCUCACAGCAAAGAGCGGCCGGAAGAAGCGCUGCCCCUACACCAAGCACCAGACGCUGGAGCUGGAGAAGGAGUUUCUGUUCAACAUGUACCUUACUCGAGAGCGGCGCCUAGAGAUCAGCCGUAGCGUCCACCUCACGGACAGACAAGUGAAAAUCUGGUUUCAGAACCGCAGGAUGAAAUUGAAGAAAAUGAACCGAGAAAAUCGGAUCCGGGAGCUCACAGCCAAUUUUAAUUUUUCCUGAUGAAGCUCCAGGAGAAGCCAUGUUCAGGCUUCCAGAGAGAAGGUCCCCCCUCCCCCUGUGUUCAGCCUCUGCCCCAGAACUCGCACCUGUGCCGGAGCCCCUUUCCUCCCUCCCACACUCGCCAUCUCCAGGGCCAUUACAUCUGGGCAGGGCUGGUUUGUUCUGACUUUGCUUGUUUGUUUCUUUCUUUGUUUGCUUGGUGCUGGUUUACUUGUUUUCUGGGGGAAAAAGCCAUAUUGCGCCAAAAUUCUAUAGAGACAGAUACUGUCCUAAGUGUCAAGUCCUGAUUGGGCUGGGUUUACUGUCUUGAAAUGCUCCACUGCUUGAAAUGGCCUCUGUUCUUCUCCACUGAGGUGGUUUCCUGCUCAGCCUGGAGCAAACCUAGCCAGAGGCUGAGGUCCCAUUGUCGGCACAGAGGUGUCUGGCUUGAGGUCAAUGGUGCAAGGAGCUGCCACCGCAAGCCUGCCUGCCUGCCUGGAAUAGUGGGCUGUGUUCAAUCAGGGGACAUAGGCCCCUAGGUUUCUUUUUUCUUUCUUCUUGUCUUUCUUGGCUAAGGGAAGGGCAUAUGGGCAUGGUCACGCAGGUUGGCAGAAGGGCUUGACUUUGGCUGAUUGAAAAAGUGAGAAUCAGAAAGAUUAAUUUUUUUCUCCCUCUGUAAGAUAUCCCAGCUUUAAAUGCAAAAAGGAAUAACCAACAGAAAGAAACCUCUCUUCCAGUUCAUGUAAGGUCUUGCAUUGCCUGACUGAAAAUUUCUCUUACCUCUGAAUUUCCAUAUCCUUCUGGCUGUUGAUAAAUAAUGUAGUUUUUGUUUAGACAUGUGGAAUUAGUGGAUUUUUGUCAUUAUAAUUGUUGCCACUGGUAACAGGAAAAGCACACCAUGAUUCUCCCUAUUGUGUGGAGUUGGUUUUUUUUUUUAAUUCAUUUUUUUUGGGGGGGGGUUGGAGCUUUCUGAACUUCAUGGAUGCCUAGAAGGGCUUUGGCAGGCAGAGAAACGAGAAAAGGGAGAUAUCGUUUGGAUUUCCUUUAUACUGUGAAGUUACAUGCAUAAAAGGGUCAAACCUGUAGGUGCAAAAAAAAGAAAAAAAACUAUAAAUACAAAUCUGUAUAAAUGUCUAUUAUUAUGAAAAAUGCCAAUCUUGUUUUAAGCAAAUGCAUUCUAUCGUUAUUAUAAAUGUUAGUUCUAGCUUUAUUUACUUCUAAUCUUAAAUCAGAAUAAAUUAAUAUUGUAUUGCUGCUGUGCGUGGAAAAAAAGAUGAUGUUUAUGUUCUUAUAGAAUAAAAGCUGUGGAAUGAA